UUUAUCUUGUAAGUGGUGCAUAUUUUUAAACUGCUUUCAAUUUAAAUUUCUAAUUUAAUAGUUAUUAGUUCUCGUUUUGUUGUUUUCGAAAUGUGUGAGACAUAUGAUGCCGAACCGCUUGCUCUAAAAAUAAAAGUAAUUCGAAAGUAUUUAAAAAUAAAAAUUUUGGAAGAUAAUGUACAAUUUCAAGACCACGAAUUAGAAAGAAAUCAUGUAUAUGAUUUGAUUAAAAGGGUUGUUUCACACGGAGAAUCACAUUCUGCUUUAAUAAUAGGACCUAGAGGUUGCGGUAAAACAACCUUAAUUAACUCUGUUCUUGAGCAAUUAGAGAGUGAAUUAGACUUAGAAAAUGAUUGUCUGAUAGUCAAACUCAAUGGUCUUUUGCAUCAGGAUGAUAAGAUUGCCUUGAAGUCUAUAACAGCACAGAUGCAACUAGAAAAUGCAGUAGGUGAUCGUGUCUUUGGUACUUUUGCUGAGAACCUUAGUUUUUUAUUAAGCUGCCUGCAGAGUGGGGCUGACCGUAGCUGCAAGAGUAUGGUUUUUAUAUUAGAGGAGUUUGAUCUAUUCUGCCACAGUGGAAGGACACAGACAUUAUUGUAUAAUUUAUUUGAUAUCACACACAAUAAACAGGCACCUAUGUGUGUUUUAGGUAUAACAAAUCGUUUGGAUGUUAUGGAAAUGUUGGAAAAGCGUGUCAAAUCUCGUUUCUCUCAUCGACACAUCUUCAUAUUUCCUAAUGACAAUAUAAAAUCUGUAGACAAUUAUAAAGUACGAUUAAUUCAGUUACUCAGUGUGCCAUUGUGUUUGACAAGGAAAUGUGGAGGUACAACAAAAAAGAAAAGAGGAGGUCGAAGAAAAUCUGCAACAGUAACUGAAGAAGAAAUGGAGGUAGAAUUGAAUGAUGAUACAAUACAAUAUGCAGUACCAGCUAAAGUGUUGACACGAUGUAGGGUAGACCCGAAAAAGUUUCAAGAAUUUGAUGAAAACUCCCUUGUAUAUUGGAACUCACAUAUUUUAAGCUUGUUGGAAAGUAAAGAUAUUGUUAAUGCUUUGGAAAAGUUAUGUUAUGUUACAGUCAAUGAGCAGAUAUUUAGAAAUAUUUUGUUUCAAGUUGUAUCACGCUUGAACGAAACGAGUCCCCAUAUAGAUGUUGCGGGUUUCGUAACAACUAUAGACAACACCGUGGGCCCGGAGCACAGAGUGAAGGUGUUGCAAUCAUUGUCCAUUCUAGAGUUGUCUCUGGUUAUCGCCAUGAAACAGGGCAUGGAGAUAUUUGAUGGUCAACCGAUGAAUUUUGAAAUGGUUUUACAUAGGUACAAAAAAUUCGUUGAUAAAAAUUCGUCAACACAAACAGUACCCAGACCGGUGAUACUGAAGGCGUUUGAGCAUCUUCAAGAGUUAGAAGUGAUAAUGCCGGUGAGGAGCACAGACUCUAUCUACUGUACCGGAGAUACCACAACCAGUGGUGUUCAGAAGGAAUAUAAACUUUAUACUCUCGCUGUACCUGAACAUGACCUUAAAGAGGCUGUCAAAACAUCGAAAUCUUUGCCCACAGAAAUUAGCUUUUGGUUUAAUAAUGAAAUUUUUUAAAUAUAAAGAUAAUU